CUGUGCAUGGACUUUCAGUUUCACGUUGUGUGCGUGGUUCUUAUCAAAUAUAACAAGAGCGUUAAAUACGUUACAUAUUAAGUAAACUGCACUAGUUUUAGUUUUCUUCUUCGCUGCAGAAAAAAAAAUUAUUUUCACUUAUGGACAACCGUAGAGUAAUACCGGAGUUAAAGCUUCGCAGCGAGGUGUUCCGAAGGAAUUCCGCGGCAGUAGUUCGGAUUCUGCACGACAGAGCAUGGUUCAACCAUCCCCUCACUCAUCCCGAAGACAUGAGACAGUUUAUCUACUGGCUUAACUUUAAACGACCCAAGUCGUGGAAAAUCAUGGACCCCUGGAUUAAGCUUUAUGACUCAUGCGUAUCCAUUCUCCGGCGGACUUUGGGUGGAAUUGCGCAACGGAUGUCAGCUUUUAAAUACGUCGACAGCUCAAAUCUUUUAGCGUCUAAGAAAGCAGCUGAAUUAUUUAUUGACCCUUCACUCGAUUUACGACGAGUGGCGAAGUUUUACCAGCAGAAUUUGGAUAAAAGUUUAGGCCAGAAUAAUGCGAACGAUUGCAUGUUGCAAUCAUUAGAUGAUAGAAACCAGUUUCUGGACAUUCACUCAAAAAUUACUCAACUAUUUGAUCCCAACCAAACUACACACGCCAAAAGCAUCCUCAACAACUCUGUAGACUUCUCUCGACCCCGAUUGACCUUUGACCCCCUUCAAGAUAGGUCCCACUUUACGUCCCUGCCCUUCAAUGUGAACAGUCUGGUAGUUUCAAGGCCACUUGCAAUCUCAGUCGCAGACAGUGAGCUGAUGGAAGGCGUGCUCAAGUUUGCAGACUGCGUGGUCUACUUGUGCGAGGAAAUAAGGGCAGAGUUGGAGAGACUGAACAGAGAAAAUGAGUUCAGGACAUCCGGGUUCCACAAAAGAGUCCAGGACAUCCAGCAGUACCAGCGUGAAAAGAUGAUCCGGGGCGGAAACAUUGUCGCCAGGCAAGCUGUCAAUGAGGAAGAUGACGAUUUGGUUGAAAAAGAAAACGAGAGAAAACAGAAACUUCCGCCUAUUGACUGGAAUAAACCAGUUGUUUCAACAACUAGUUUACUUUGAAUAAAUUUAUCUCGAAAAAAACUGAGUUCAAAGAAUAGCGUCAUCUUUAAAGUUGGCAACGCAGAUUUGUAAUACUCUGUUUCAUUUAAUUUGUGCAAUUUGAAACAAAAAUGUCAGCAUUUGAGAAAAAAAGUUA